AUGCUUCGCCAAAUUGCUGUUGCUGCACUUUCUGUGCUUCCUCUCACUCUCGGCCAGGUCGCUGAGGAUUUCGAGAGUGGUUGGGAUCAGGUAGCUUGGCCCACUUAUGCUCCUGACUGCGACCAGGGCGGAAAGGUUGUUCUUGACAAGACAACUGGUCACAGUGGUACCAACUCUAUCAAGGUCACUGGUGGCCCCAAUGGCUUCUGUGGACACAAGUUCUUUGGCACCAAUGCCAUUCCCAGUGGUGAUGUCUAUGUCAGAACCUGGAUGAAGUCUGAAAAGACCCUCGACGAUUCCCACGUCACCUUCAUCACCAUGCCCGACGCAGCCCAGGGCAAGGGCAAGCACCUCCGCAUCGGCGGCCAGAGCAAGAUCCUCAUGUUCAACCACGAAUCCGACGACGCUACCCUCCCCGAUCUCUCCCCCGAUGGCAUCGCCGCCUCCAAGAACAUCCCCGCCAACCAGUGGCAGUGCCUCGAGUACCACCUCUCCCCCGAUGGCACCAUCGCCACUUGGCUCAACGACAGCCCUGUCAAGGGUCUCGUCUACAAGCCCAGCGAGCCUUCCUCCUACACCAACGGCUGGAAGAACAGCAACCCCAAGCCCAAGAUCCAGGGUGUCUACUUUGGCUGGGAGUCUUACAGUGGUGCUGCCAACACUUUCUGGUACGAUGACAUUGCUGUCAGCUCCAAGCGCAUUGGUUGCGCUGUCAAGAAGUAA